AUUCGGAGUAUUUUCGCUACAGCUAAUUUACAGCAGGAAGGUCAGUCAUCUGCGAUUUCGGCCCGUGGUUUUCGUCCAACUCCAUUAAAUUCGCGUUCGUUUGGAUUAUUUAUUUAAUCAGGAAAAAUGGUUGCUCCGUGGAGGCAAGCUGGGAUGACAUACAUCCGAUAUUCAUCAAUAUGUGCACGUGUUGUUCGGCAAGCAUUGAAGCCAGAACUUCAAGAAGCAGCCCAACAACGAGCAUCAAAAUCUGUCAUCACUAAAUAUUGGCAAGAUGGUAAACCAGUUGGUGAAUUUAAAAAAAAUAUCCAGCGUAUACAGUAUUCGAAAAAAUAUAUAACCUCGCAGUUUAACUGGGGAGAGGAACCAGUGAUGAACCAUGACUGGUCAUUUAGCAGCGACAUCUCAGGUUAUUUUCCAUGAAUACCAUAUGAUUCU